AUUAUACACAUAAAUGAUAUUUGGGGUCAUUCAUAAAGCAAAAUAGGGGUAGAAAAUUGAAGCAGCAGGCACUGAGAGGAGGGUGAUGGAGUCACUGAUGAAUUAAAUGGCGAAGGAAAUGUGGGGGCGAUUGGGGUUUAGGCACAAAUCACGAGUAGACACACCACCAUAGCCAAGAGUCGUUUGCCAAUCCAAACCCCCUUAAAAAAAUAAUCCCGAAAUAUCUUCUCUCAUCACUUAUCGAACAAAAGUCUUUUUUUUUUUUUCUCUCUCUCUCUCCGCCGCUGUAUUUCUCUCUCUAGUUUCGUCGGCUAGUCGCCCUCUCUCUGUCUUGUUAAUUUUCUUGUUUUUCUCUCAGAUAACGGGAAUACUUUUCUUGGUUUUUGUUAUUUCUGAAAAAAAAACCACGCUCAGAUUGUACCCCACUUCCGUCCUCAGCGCUCUGAUCCGAUUUUUCGUAUUCACGCCCAAUCGGGCAGUUCAACCAUACGGGGCACUAGCAUUUACACAAUCUGAUGAUGCUUCGAGAACUACUUCUCUACUGAGGAGUGUUGUAUUUUGCUAUCUUCUUUUUUGAUAGCUAGAGAUGGGUAUAUACCUGAGCACUCCAAAAACUGAGAAGUUAUCUGAGGAUGGUGAGAAUGGCAGGGUUAGAUAUGGUUUAUCAUCCAUGCAAGGAUGGCGCGCAACCAUGGAAGAUGCUCAUGCUGCAUACCCUGAUCUGGAUGCUUCCACUUCGUUUUUUGGUGUUUAUGAUGGCCAUGGAGGUAAGGUAGUUGCAAAGUUUUGUGCCAAGUAUCUUCACCAACAGGUGCUCAAGAAUGAAGCUUAUACAGCUGGAGACUUGGGAACUUCUGUUCAGAAAUCCUUUUUCAGAAUGGAUGAGAUGAUGCGGGGACAGAGAGGGUGGAGGGAAUUAGCUGUUCUAGGAGAUAAAAUAAACAAAUUCACUGGCAUGAUAGAAGGUUUGAUUUGGUCUCCAAGGAGCAGCAGCGAUGGUAAUGACCAUGUUGAUGAUUGGGCAUUUGAGGAGGGCCCUCAUUCUGAUUUCGCUGGACCAACUUCUGGGAGUACAGCCUGUGUCGCAAUUAUUAGAAAUAACCAACUUGUUGUUGCUAAUGCUGGUGAUUCUCGUUGUGUAAUUUCUAGGAAGGGUCAGGCUUACAAUCUAUCUAGAGACCACAAACCUGAUCUCGAGGUCGAGAAAGAGCGAAUUUUAAAAGCUGGUGGUUUUAUCCAUGCAGGCCGAGUCAAUGGAAGUUUAAAUCUUGCAAGAGCCAUAGGUGAUAUGGAAUUCAAGCAGAACAAAUUUUUGCCUCCUGAAAAGCAAAUUGUAACCGCCAAUCCAGAUAUAAACACUGUUGAACUUUGCGAUGAUGAUGAUUUUAUCGUACUGGCAUGUGAUGGCAUAUGGGAUUGCAUGUCAAGCCAGCAACUAGUAGAUUUUAUACAGGAGCAACUGAUCUUGGAAAGCAAGCUUUCUGCAGUAUGUGAACGAGUACUUGAUAGGUGUUUAGCUCCAUCAACAGCUGGUGGUGAAGGGUGUGACAACAUGACCAUGAUCUUGGUGCAAUUCAAGAAGCCCAUCACGGCCACUCCAUCAGGGGAGCAAUCUUCAUCAUGUAACCAAGCUGAUACUGAACCGAAACCAACAGAGUAAGUCAUCCAUCUUGCGUAGAUGGGUGAAUUUCAUUCGUAUUUAAGAUCCACCCUCACACACGCUUGUUAGAAUUCUGGAAGAUUUCAAUUCUCAGAUUGUCUGUAAUUGUAGAUUGUUUAGCACUACAAUGAAUGAAGAAACACUUGAAAAAAAAAAAAAUAAUGUAUGUUUGUUUCUUUU